GCCAAGUUAAAUUCAGAAGGACACAGAGAGAUAACUAAGCAUGGACGAGGACGUUACUUCUUUGAUUCAGAGGGCCUGUGAGUUAGCCAGAAACCUUGAAUUGAACCUGCCCAGCGAAUCUCGUGAUUCGAUAUUGAGGUGUAUUGAUGAGAUUGUGGCGAAACUGAAUGCUGCUAAAGGGAAGUUGAUGGCGGUGUCGUCGUCUCGUGACGAAGAAGCUGCGAAGCAGGAAAUCAUACAGCAGCAUCCUUACAUGGCUUCUUCUUCAGCUUCUUCGUUCUUGCAAGAAUGGCUCUCUGCGAACAAUCGGUUUGUCCAAAUACCGCAACUUCAAGCGCCGGCGAUGACGGCGGCGCCGCCCAGGGGCACACUGCAGAUGAUGACUGACUUGGGUGCGAGAGAUGUAGAUGCUUCUGCAGAAGGUGAUGUUGAGGCAUCUCCUUCGUCUCGACGGCGUAAAAGCAGGAAGGAUGAUGCAGAGAAGAUGACAUUCACGGUUCAAGCAGUUCAGUUGGGGAACUCGGAUAGUGUCCCACCAGAUGAUGGCUACACUUGGAGAAAAUAUGGCCAAAAAGAGAUCCUAGGCUCUAAUUACCCCAGGAGUUACUUCAGGUGCACCCACCUGAAACUAUAUCACUGCCUAGCGAAGAAACAAGUGCAGCGUCUGGAUAAUAACCCUAACAUGUUUGCAGUAACAUAUAGAGGAAGCCACACUUGCCACAUGUCGUCCACAGCUCCAUCUCCUUCAGUUCCACCACCACACCUAAUGAUCUCACAGCCACAAGACAUAGCACACAUUAGUACGACUUCUUCCUCCCAAUUGUCUCCUUCUUCUGCUUCGGUUCCUGGUUGGUUGCCUUCUGUCCACCUCGGCCUCCUUGCCCGCGGGGGCAGUGGUGGUGGUGUUACUCAGGCUGGUGCCGAGGCUGGCGGCGCCGGCCCCUCCACCUCGAGAUUUGGAGCUGAUUACCCGGUGGCAGAUAUGGCUAUGGACAUGUUUCAUUCAGGUUCUAGCAGUGGUAAUAAUAGCAUGGAGUCUCUCUUCGCUUCUGCUGAUGAGAAAAAUGAAGCAGGCGACAACAAGAAAAGCUAAAGAACUUUCACCGAUUUUGCAGGAGGAAACUUUUUUGCUAAUUUAAUACUUUAUUUUCUUCCGGCAAACCGCCGGCCGGACUGCCAAGAAUUGCUUCAGCUUAAUUGGGAGAUUUUGCAACUUAAUUAUGCCAUCAAAUACUUUAGAAGUUGAUCAUAUAUCCCUCUCUAGGCUUCUAAUUAGUCUGCUCAGUUAUAAUCCCUUCUUAAUUUUCCUCUAUGUUCAAGUUUACAGGAUGAUCUAAAUGUGCAGGGAAAAAAAUUCUAUU